UGCAAACAGCAGCUUAAAGCGUCUGAGCAUGCGCGUCUCUAGUUCCAUCGGUAACCGCGAUUCGAAGAGAAGCACAGCACGGAAAUGCAGAUUAUGAGGAUACUGCACGUGUUUUUGGGCCUGGCUCUGGUUGGCCUGGGCUCAGGAGAAGAGGGAGCUCGUCUGCUGGCCUCGAAGUCCCUGCUGAACCGCUAUGCUGUCGAGGGCCGUGACCUUACCCUGCAGUACAACAUCUACAAUGUGGGAUCCAGUGCUGCUCUGGAGGUGGAGCUGUCGGAUGAUUCUUUUCCCCCUGAAGACUUUGGAAUUGUUUCAGGGAUGCUGAAUGUGAAAUGGGAGAGGAUUGCACCAGCGAGCAACGUCUCUCACACAGUGGUGCUGCGCCCCCUGAAGGCUGGUUACUUUAACUUCACCUCUGCCUCCAUCAGCUACCUGGCCCAGGAGGGAGGACAAGUCGUGGUGGGCUACACCAGCGCCCCCGGCCAGGGAGGCAUCUUGGCUCAGCGGGAGUUCGACCGCCGCUUCUCCCCACACUAUCUUGACUGGGCUGCGUUCGGCGUAAUGACUCUGCCCUCCAUCGGCAUCCCUCUGCUCCUCUGGUACUCCAGCAAGAGGAAGUAUGACUCACCGAAGGCCAAGAAGAACUGAGGAGGCCCAGUUUAAGGCGGGAGGGGGGGGUUGCGGUUGUCGGGUGUCUCUGAAUAGCUUAAUGAGCCCAUAUUGGGGUUGAAAGUAAGUAACAAAGUGUGUGAACAAGUAACGUGAUUGAGAUAACUUUUGAAUUGGGCACAUGGAACAACUAAAGUAAUGUGAACAGUUCCAGUGUGCAUGAACGUGAACACUCCCUGUUCUACAUCUGCUGGCCAUUUCGUCACAUUUGACAUGGGUUCAUGAGACGGAACAAUUACAAUGGCAGUUACUACUGUAACUGAAUUUUGUAAUUGUGUACAUACGGAACAUAAUUCUGAUUUGAAGUUUCCAGCCAGUUGUUGACCUUGAAGAUAAAUUAAAGGUUUUUUCUAAA